GGCGCCAACAGGCGAGCGCGGAACACUGUGGACUACCCUUCUGCCAUCGCACGUGCUACGAGUAUUCUUAAGCGGCAGUGAAAAUCUACUGUGCAGUAUGAUCAGUCAAGGCCCGCAGCGUGUCCAGCAAUGCUAGAUGCCCGAAUGUGAUUGAGUGCUAAAAUUCUGUGCAAGGAAUCCCCCUCCCGUGUAGCCAAAGUGCCGAAAACAACGAUGUGGGUGAUUACUACGAUCUGUUGCUUUGUGUGCCUUGUGGCGAGCUCGACGUCUACUUCUUCGGACGAUGAUUUAAGCCACGUCGUGAGGGAAUUACGAGCGGAGAUUCAGGCGUUACAGCGUGGUCGAGAACAGGACCGUCAGGCGCUCAAGCGCCUGGAAGAACGGAUUGUUGAUAUCGGUAUGGAAGUGCCCUCAACGCCGCUUCCAACGGCGCCGUCGCGUCACCGGCCGCACCGUCAACAUCACGCGGCGGGACAGCGUGCCUUCGCACGUUCUCUGCGCGCGUUACAACGCGAGAGGACAGCGUUGGACGAGCUUCAAGCUCAGCUACAAAGAAUGCGACUGGACCUGAAGGAUGCGGCCAAAGUAGAAACUCCUUUGAGGUCGGACGUACAGAAAUUACGCCUCGAAGUGGAGGCCCUGCGCGCAAGUCUCGACGAAGACGUAGCGCGCGGCAUCGCGCACUCGCGAACCGAAGAAGCGACUGCGACCUGGCUACGACGUUCCCUGCAGGAGGUGCGGACGGAAGUUGCCGAACUGUCGCGUCAAGCAAACGUGACGUCAGCCUUGACACUGAGCCAGGAGUUCAAAUCGGAGUCACGAUUGUUCAGGGGUGACCUGGAUGCGUUGAGAAGUGAAACGGAUUCCCUACGCGCGGCAACGGCGCGGCUAGACGCGCGCGACGCGCAGACUCGGCAGGAGAUCGCCGAGCUCCGAGGGAUCGUGCAGAAGCAAGCGAUUCUACAACGUGACAUGUCCCAGCAGGUGUCCGAAUUGAAGGAAGACAUCAGGUACCUGCAGCUGAAACAGCAUAACAACGAGGACGACAAACAAGGCGACGUAUACUUGGCAGACGACGGUUCUGGAAUGGAAGAGAACGACGAUGAAACGCCAUCUGGUGGGGAUGGACGAACUAACACCAGACAUCGCAGCCACCACGGCCUUCAUUCCCGCUUCGUACGCCUUCAAGCCCGCGUCGACGCCAUCGCACGCGACAAUGCAAAGCAGGUCAAGGACUCGACUCGUCUACGUCACAACCACACCCUGUUAUCUACCCGUCUAGAAGCCGUCGAGUCCAACGCCAACCUAGACCUUACGCGACGUCACGACGACCUAGUCCGAAACGUCACCCUGACGACGCAGAGCGUCUCUAAGCUCCACGCAACCACUGUUGAGCUCUUCAGAGACCUCGGAACGCUCGAGAAGAAACUAGACCAUGGACUCGCCGACCUCCGGAAAGAAGUCUCAAAAUGCGACUUCGACGUCGCUCGAGCCCUCGCUGCGACCGGGGACCUCAGACAGGAUGAGACGAGUCGGCUGAGCGCUAUCGGUUCUUUGAAGGCAGACCUGCGACGCCUCCGUGGUGAACUCCAGAAGGACCGUCGGAAGACAGUUGCCCUCGAAGGCUUGCUACUUAACGCCACAAUCCUGAAGAGGCGACACGGAAAUGAAUUGACCGAGCUCCAAGUCCGAGUGGCUGGACUCGAAGGCGAGACGGCAAGGAUGGACCGCAAGGUUGACGCCAACAGUGCAAAACUGGGGUCGUUGUCGAGGAGGCUGGAAGGGGCUGCAGACGGAAGGACCAUUGCAGAGUGGAAGAAGAAGCAGCAGGUCCUUGGGGAUGCCAUCAAGAACGUCAGUUCGCAAGUUCCUGCUCUCAGGGGGAACCUCACGUGGCUCAAGAGGGAAAUUGGGAAAUUCGAGAGCAACCUGCCACAUGACUGCACCAUGCAAGGCUCCACACCUUCGACUGUCUUGAAGAGUGGCGUCUACCUCAUCCGUCCUCAAGGCUCGGACCAUGCCCGAAGGGUCUUCUGCGAUAUGGACCAUGCCGGAGGCGGAUGGACUGUAGUCCAGCGACGAACUGAUGGCACUGUCGAUUUCUAUCGCAAUUGGUCCGACUAUCGCAGAGGCUUUGGCGACCCUGACGGAGAAUACUGGCUAGGCAAUGCUGCUCUUCAUGAACUGUCACAGUCUGGAAACUACUCGCUCCGAGUAGACCUCUGGGAUGCCUCGGGUCACUACAAGUACGUCGAAUACGACCGCUUCUCUGUCGGGGAAGAAUCCAAGGGCUACCCUCUCGAAGUCCACGGUUACCGUGGAAACGCCAGCAACGCCCUCGAGUACCAUUCAGGCAUGGCAUUCAGCACGCCAGAUCGUGACAACGACCUGAGCAGUACACACUGUGCCGUCUACUAUUCGGCUGGUUGGUGGUACAACCACUGCCAGUACGUCAACGUCAACGGAAAGUACAACGUUGGACUGACGUGGUACGACAUGGACGCCCUCGAGUGGGUGCAGCUGUCUCGUGUUGAGAUGAAAAUCAGACCCCAGGGGUGGACGAAGCGGACGUGAUGUGCGUCAGUGAUUUCUCUUCCACUUAAUUUAAGAGUAAUUUAAUUGUGUACAUAGAACAGUCGUCGAAGACAGUGCCAUACGUGUGACUCCCCCAUUUUUGGCAAGUUGACGCUCUUCGUUGUGGACACAGCGUGGGACCAAAACGGGAAAGUGUGUCCCGGACACAGCUCUUUGUUGCCGGACUUGUUCUGCUUGCCGUGGCGAGUGUGAGCCGAUAGUGCGAAGUCAUGUAGAAACUGUAGAGGAGUGAAGUGCACCCGCACGAGCCGAAGUCACGUUAUUAGUCGAAGGAGUGUCGAGUAGCGCCAUACGGCGGGAGGUACACUAGACCUCAAGACACAUUUGGGCACCCAAGUUUGAGGAACAUUAAUUAUGCGGGUAAAUACGGUAUUUGUUGCAGGUACACAUAAGAACAUGCUAGCAUACUAUACGCAUAGAAUAUCAUACGUUUGUCAAAGAGCUGCAAAAGCAUAUGUCAUUUCAAGACAAUAACAUGGCAGGGAAUGUACCUCAGUCAUUAAGCACCUCCAAUGACCACUUUGGAGCUUGAAAAGCCUUACUUUUAUCAGAGAAAUGAUACUUCCAGCAUGUUUGUCUAGCUUUACCUGCCUGUAUCUAAAAUUCUGCCAUUCAAAAGUGUUACUAAUGUCCAAUCCAUGGGACAUGCACUUAAGGUAUGAAAAUCUGUUCCUUUAAUUCAGAGGACCUGUAAUGGUGUAUCAUGUUUCGUUAUCACACUUUGUUACCGCAUCUGCAACAAACGUUUCCUCGACUUGGCUUUCUAGUGCAUAGGUAUUAUAUUGCCAACUUUGUUGAUGGCAUGUGUUAUUUGUUGAGUUAGUCUCAUUGUGUUAUUCAUAGUAGGCUGCUGAUAUUAUGGCACUAAACUUUCCCCCUAGGCACCUCAAACAGGCAUUAAAAUGGCACAUCAAAUGUACAUGGGAUACGUAGGGCAAAAUCACAGUGAAAAAUACGAUUCAAUUUUCCAAACAUAUAUUAAAAACCAUCUGCAGAAAAAAAGCAACUUCUGAGGCACAACCUUACUGCCUCGGGAAAGUGAAACAGAAAGCUGCAAAACAGGCAUUCUAUAGGUGCUAAAAAUCAAAUUUUUGAUCAAUCGAUUCGACGAUAACCUAAGUGCCUAUGUUCCUUGCCGGGCCAGAACUUUCCAAAAGAUUUCUGGCCAUCAGAAACAAAGAGUAUCCAGGAAUUCUCAUUUAGCCUGCAUUAGCUGGCAUUGCCUAGGUUUGUAGAGAAUUUGCCUAAAUAUCGGCGGUCUCUGUCAACUCUUUAGUCACUGAAGUGUGCAGUUACGGCUGCGCUGUUCCUUUUGUAUUUUUUUCGAAUGACAAGCCAACUUGCUAGUCAGACUGUAUAUGGUCUACGGAUGAAACCACUGUGAAUAGUGUACAUACUGAAAUGCAGAACUGCCACGAAGGACGAAAGUCGCAUGUAGAGAUUUUAAUAUAAGCCGCAUCUCUCUCGCAUAAAAGCACAGUGCUACACAUUUUGUAUGUUUGACCCCCUCGGAGGGGCAUCCAGUGUGUCAUAGAGAUUUUAGGAGAGCUCAUGUCUUUGACGAGUGAUUGCUAGUUCAUCAUGUACAGACAUUAAAGAUUUAUCAUCUAAUGCUACAUCUG